GGGGGCGCUGUGGCGCGGCGGAGCGGCAGCGCGGGCGGCCAUGGCCCGCUGGGGCCCCGCGCAGGAUCCCGAGUGGGCGCCCGAGGCCUGGCAGCCGCUGCCGCCGCAGCCCCACGGCCCCGAGGCGGAGAAGCAGCCGGCGGCCGUGCCCGAGAUCUCGCUGUGGACCGUGGUGGCGGCCGUGCAGGCGGUGGAGAGGAAGGUGGAGUCGCAGGCCCUGAGGCUGCUGAGCCUGGAGGGCAGAGCCGAGACGGCCGAGAGGAAGGUGACGGGGCUGGAGAAGGCCGUGCGGGAUUUCGGCAGCCGGCUGGAGCGCAAGUGGGCGGCCCUGGCCGCGCUGGUGCGGGAGAACACGCGGCGGCUGGAGCACAUCGAGCGGCAGCUCCAGCGCCGCAGCCCCGGCGCGCCCGGGCCCGGGCCGGGCCCCGGCGGGGACGGGCCCGAGGUGCCAGCGGCGUGCGAGGACGAUGCGGCCGGUUUGCCGGAGCAGGAGUGGGGCAGCUUGGAGAGCCGGCAGAAGGAGCUCUGCAGGAUCGCCGUGAAGGGGAAUUACGAGGCUGUGGUCUCUCUUGGGCCCGGGGACGCCAGCUCCAAACCUGCUCUGCUGCCGCCGGCCGAGGACGGGGAGGAUUCGGGAACGAGGAGCCACGGGCUGCUGGAGAAGGGAGCGGUGUUGGGGCACCUCGGUGGCGGUGAGAGGAUCGUGAUCAAGACGGAAGAGCAGCAGCUCCAGGAGGGAGGCUCUGGAAUCCUGGCUGUGCCGCAGGCAGCCUCGCUGGGGCUGGAAGAGGAGGUUCCCCUGAGCCAGGAGCAGCCGGCGCCCUGGGAGAGCCACGCUGGCUUGGGCGAGCAGAAGGCAGCAGGCGAGGGCUUAGGGGAGUUCUGCAAACACGGGACUGCCCAGCCCGAAUUUAAGCCCGUGGUGGUGCCGGUGGAAGCUCACCCUGCCCCGGGCUUGCCCUUCCCAACAGAGCAUGCGCUCGGCGCGGGGGACUGA